GUAGAUGUCGCGGGGGGUUCCGCGAGGCCGCGCGAAUCGGUUCGCCGGGGUGGGGCCGAGAAGCCGCAAAUCACCAGUUAGGGCUGGAGCGCGCGCCGCCGGCUCAGAGCCGCGCCUGCAGCUGCUGGGGUCCCGGCGCAAGCCCGAGCCGGAGCCGGAGCCGCCGGGCGCACCGGCCAGCGCGCACGGACUUCUCGGCGGGUGCGCCCCGCAGAAGAUGAGCCGGCUCUGCGCGCCGAGCAGCCGCGUGCCGGGGCCGGUCGGGCGGCGCCUCUGAGCCCCAGCCGGCGAGCGCGGGCGCCGCGCGGGGAGACUUGAAAAUCAUGGCUGCGGGAAAAUUUGCAAGCCUUCCCAGAAAUAUGCCAGUGAAUCACCAGUUCCCCCUGGCCUCGUCCAUGGACCUUCUGAGCAGCAAGUCACCUCUCACUGAGCAUCGCACAGAUGCCUAUCAAGAUGUGUCUAUACACGGCACCCUUCCACGGAAGAAAAAGGGCCCCCCUCCCAUAAGGUCCUAUGAUAACUUCAGUCACAUGGGUACCCUCCCCCAUUCCAAAUCCCCACGGCAGAACUCCCCUCUGACCCAGGACAUCAUCCAGGAGCACCCACUGCAAGACUGGAAGGGUGAGACCUUCACCUUCAGGGAUCAGCAUCUUCUGGACCCAACUCUGGAAUAUGUGAAGUUCUCCAAGGACCGGCACCUCAUGGACAGGACGCCUGAGAGGCUGAAGAAGGAGCUGGAGGAGGAGCUGCUACUGAGCAGUGAGGACCUGCGCAGCCACGCCUGGUACCACGGCCGCAUCCCCCGACAGGUAUCAGAAAACCUCGUGCAGCGAGAUGGCGACUUCCUGGUUCGCGACUCAUUGUCCAGCCCCGGAAACUUCGUCCUGACCUGUCAGUGGAAGAACCUUGCUCAGCACUUCAAGAUCCAGCGGACUGUCCUGCGGCUCACGGAGGCCUACAGUCGCGUGCAGUACCAGUUUGAGACGGAGAGCUUCGACUCCAUCCCCGGCCUGGUGCGCUGCUACGUGGGCAACCGCCGGCCCAUCUCCCAGCAGAGCGGUGCCAUCAUCUUCCAGCCCAUCAACAGGACAGUGCCCCUGCGCUGCUUGGAGGAGCGCUAUGGCGCCUCCCCAGGCAGGGCCCGCCAGGGCAGCCUCGCCGAGGGAAGGCCCGACGCGGCCCAGAGGCUGAGCCUCACCAUGGGUGGCUGGGCCCGAGAGCAGAGCUUGCCCAGGGGAAACCUCCUCAGAAAUAAAGAGAAGAGCGGUAGUCAGCCAGCCUGCCUGGAUCACAUGCAGGACAGAAGAGCCUUACCCCUCAAGGCCCACCAGUCGGAAAGUCACCUGCCAAUUGGCUGUAAGUUGUCCCCUCAGUCCCUGGGUGUGGACACAAUCCCCUGCCCAAACUCACCAGUUUUCAGGACGGGCAGCGAGCCCACCCUGAGCCCAGCAGUGGUUCGGAGGGGCUCCUCGGACCCUAGGGCAGGGGAGGCAUUGCGAGGCUCAGACAGCCAGCUUUGCCCCAAGCCACCCCCGAAGCCCUGCAAGGCACCCUUCCUCAGGGCUCCCCCAUCUUCCUCCACCUGGCUCAACUCAGAGGCCAACUACUGUGAACUGAACCCAGCCUUUGCUGUGGGCUGUGACAGGGGAGCAAGGCCCCCCUUCUGUGCCCAGGACAGCUACGUGGAGCUCCUGACAGCCAAGCAUAAUGGGGCACCGGGUCCCCGGAACUCUGGCACCAACUACUUGAUCCUUGAUGACGAUGAUGGAGCAAAGCCUUGGGAGGCAGGAGCAGCAGCACAGACGGACAGGGGGCAGGAGGACGAGGGCCAUUUUGUGACGCCCCUCCUGGAGACUGCCUCCUCCUUCAGGCCCAAUGACUUCGAGUCGAAACUCCUUCCUCCUGAGAACAAACCCCUGGAAACAGCAAUGCUGAAGCGUGCAAAAGAGCUAUUCACCAACCACAAUCCCAAGGUCAUCGCCCAGCACAUGCUGAGCAUAGACUGCAUGGUCACUAGGAUACUUGAAGUCUCUGAAGAUAUGAGGAAGAAUAUGGGUGUGAGCUCAGGGCUGGAACUCAUUACCUUGCCUUACGGCCACCAGCUGCGCCUGGACAUAAUUGAAAGACACAACACAAUGGCCAUCGGCAUUGCAGUGGACAUUCUGGGCUGCACGGGCACUUUGGAGGACCGAGCAGCCACCCUCAAUAGGAUCAUCCAGGUGGCAGUGGAACUGAAAGACUCCAUGGGGGACCUCUAUUCUUUCUCGGCCAUCAUGAAAGCCCUGGAAAUGUCACAGAUCACAAGGUUAGAGAAAACGUGGACCACCCUGCGGCACCAGUACACCCAAACGGCCAUCCUGUAUGAGAAGCAGCUGAAGCCAUUCAGUAAAGUCCUACACGAAGGCAGAGGUGAGCACACAGGGUCAGCACACAUGGGCGUGGUGCUGCCUGUUGGUGUCUGUAACGCUGUUUGGUGGACUCUGCCCUGAUGACUGAAGCAGUUA